GAAAAAAGAACAAAAAUAAACACGUCAGCUGUCAAAAUUUGUUGUGUCAUGUCGUUGUAAUAUUUUUGUAGAAAACCAAACACUGUGAAUUUGUCUCAAAUAGAAUAAAUAACGCCCAUAGUUUAUAACUGAACUAGAAAACUACCGCGAGGUUCAAACACCAUGCAUUGGUACGGGGGCAGCAUCGCGGAAGCGGUGACAUUAUCGAAGCAAAGAAAUGCAAUUUUCGUGGUUUUUGUCGAAGGUGACAAUGACCUCUCAGCGGAGAUGGCAGCGACAAUAGACGACAGCGUGGUCCUCGCCCGGCUGUCGGACCCCGCCAACUUCUUAGCGGUCAAGCUCAAGAGCGGCUCCGCUAACUAUACGCAUUUCGCGCAGAUCUAUCAAUUCGUGCCAGUUCCCUCGCUAUUCUUCAUAGGCAGGAACGGCACGCCGCUGGAGGUGGUGUGCGCGGGCGUGCAGCCCAGCAACCUGGCCACCAGGAUAGACAGGAUCCUGGAAGAGCAUUUCAAAGACAAACAGGCAUCCCCAGCUUCCGUCCCCGCGCCUUCAACAUCGUCUUCCAACAUACUCGAGGACUCCUCAAUCGAGGACCUGUCCUCCGACAGGGAGCCCGGGUUCCCCCCAGUGAGGGAACUAGCUGCACCCAAUAUUAGAGAGCAGACUGUCAGCUUUGUGCAGACUGAGAGUGCUGCUUUGUCCCGACAGGCGGAGAAGCCGAAGGAAUCGGAUUCAGGCUCACCCCGUGCGAAAAUCCAGAAGAUAGAAUCAGAACCAAGGCCUAAGACUCCAGAACACGAGAUAGUGUGCGAUGGUGACGUGUGUGUGCGGCGGCCCAGGAACAAGCCCGACGAGCCGGGGCCCAGCCAGGCCCCCACGCCCAGCCUGCCCCAUGCACCCGUCGAGGAAAAGCAGGAGAUCCCCAGCUCCGAGAGCGGGGGCAGCAUUGAGGAGAAGAUGGAGAGAGCCAAGGAGCUCAUCGAAGCCAGGAGGCGGGAGAAGGCUGAUAAGGAGAAAGAGCUGGAGAAAGAGAAAGAGAUGGAGCGUCGUGCGGCCGGCAAGGGCGUCGCCGAACUUAAAAGAUGGCAAGCCGACCAGGAACUCAAGCAAAUACAGGAAGAGCGUCGCCGCGAAAAGAUGGAAAACAACCUAGCCCGGCAACGUAUUUUAGAACAAAUUGCCCAGGACCGCCUCGAGAGAAGAGCACGAGACGUGACGCCCACACAGGCACAGCCUUCCCUUCAAGCUACACCUACUGCCGGCGACGGUGGUUCUCGCGCCCGCAUCCAGUUCAAGUUACCCGACGGAACCUCGCAUACAGCACACUUCGACGCCGACGGCACUCUCGCCGAGGUGCAGAGAUACGUGGCGGACAAUCUGUCGUUAUCAACAUCAUCGUUCGCGCUAUGGACGGCGUUUCCUCGCCGCGAGCUGACGGAAGCGGAGUCCAGCCUGCGAGGGCUACAGCUGGCGCCCUCCGCCGCCCUGCUCGUGCUGCCGCGACGCAUGCCACCCGUGGUCGCCAGGCCUUCACCCGUGUCUAAUCUUAUCACAUUCUUCACGCAACUCUUCACAACCAUGAUCCUAGAGCCAUCGCAACAGCUAUUCAUCUGGCUCCGUACCCGCUUAUUCCCUCCCCCCGCUCCCCGCGCCGUCAGCCCCCAGUCCGGGGCUCCUUCAGCCCCUUCAGCCCCCGGAGCCCGGCGCCGCGGCAACAUACACCGCCUGCCCAGCGACCGAGCCCCAGAUGAUGACAACAAUACAUGGAACGGUAACUCUACACAACAAAUGUAAUGUUGCCAUGUUAAACAUAUUAUUUUGGGGUUGCCUGUGAAGGUACUGAGGAAUUUGAGGUUGGUUGUGUUUGAGCUUUCAUGAUUUUUGACAUAGUGUUGGGUGAUUAAUCGAUUUGGUUGUGCAAUCGAAUGGUUAGUUGAUAAUGCAGGCGAUUUUUAUCGAUGUUUUAAUAUCUUAAUACAUAUUUCAUCUAAAUAAAAUAAAAUUGUAACUUAUAAAUGGUGUAAUCCACGCCGGUAAUAAAUUGUACAAAAAUUUUACCAAAGCAACAUGAUAUUUCAAACUUACUCAUCCUUAAAUGUAUUCAGUAACUUUGCAAGUACCCUUUAGGCGAUAGUUCGCACUGCGUCAUAUAAUUUCAAAAUUAAUUCUUAUGAUAAUGACGUAAUUAUAACGAACUUUGCGUCAUUUCGGGUGUUAAAAAAUCACCCAUAUUUAUAAUUGUACCAUUCCUUCUAAUUUGCCAUUUUGUGGCAACACUGUAAAUAUGUCCUAGUGCGGGCAACACUCAUUGAUUAGUGUUCCCAUCUAUGUUUUUAGCACUACAUAUUUUGUGUGAGGUUGACUGCACACUUACGACAAAAAAUCGCGAUUUAAAAUCGUUAAUAACUCGCGUAGAUAUUUCUUAAAAGUCCGACAAGUUAAUUAAUAUCUUAGGUUUAGACAAGUGGCAUUUUGAAAAAUAAUAGAAUUAUAAAUGAAUGGAACUGACAUUACCUACAUAAAUAUCAUAUAACCUAUAACAGCUAUGAAAUGGUUUCGUCUCUUUUUGUGAAACUUUCAUUUACUUUUGACAGAAAAGGACAAAGCACAGCUUAGUAGCUUAUAUAGGAUUAAGUAGCUAAUGUCAGCUCUAUACAUUUAUAAUUCUAUAAUCUAGCAUUUGUUUUGAAAGCUUGUCUAAACCUGUCUAAUUCUAUGUACAGUCUUAAGGCCAUUCCCAAUAAUUUAUCUAUCUAUCAAUUCUUUUGCUUACAAAACAUAGGAAUUUGACAUUACGUGUAUGGAGCUAAUUUCAAAAUUCUGUCUCUGAUAAACGAAUUAAUAGAUAGAAUAUAGGACAUGGCUAUUAUACGAAUUUCGGAAUCAGUAAAAUCUUUCUCGUAACUUAUAUUAUAUUUUUAGCAUUCAUUUUAACUAUCUAAAAUGGUGCUAUACGAGUAUUUGAAAGGAAUUAAAAAAAUGGAGAAAAAAUGGAUACUAAAACUAUAAUAUCAGGUCAAAUUCGCCAUAUUUUUGAAUGAUAUUAUGCAAUUAUACCUACUUAUUAAAAUAAAUAAUAAUAAAAUAAACUCAAUUGCAUUACGGUUUAAAGUUCUUAGCAGAAACUCUGCAGACUUACUAAAAACUCUGCAGGCUGACUAAAACUCUGCAGUGUUACUUAAAAGUGAUUUAAUUAAUAUGCAUAGCAACACACAAGUGUUUAGAUUAUGCUUCUUAAGAUUUUGAUUGCAAUUAUUUUUCUAGUUAAUAUGAUAAAUAUUCGUGUCACAGUUUCUCUUAUAAUAUCUUACAAUUGUGCAGUUUUUCAAUGCAAUAUGUUUCAAAAUCCAACUGAAGUUCAUUUGACAUUGACAGCUGUCAAAUUCAAGCAUGUGUCAAUGUCAUUGAUCUGCCAUUGCAUUGAACAACUGUCAAUAAUUAAUAAAACUGUGGUUUUUCAUCCUGUACUUUAUCUUUGCAUCAUAUCACAUAAGAUCAUAAUAAUAUUAUUCUCAAAAUAAACUUAAUUUAAACAUCAAAUACCAGUAAAUGGAGUUUAAUGAAUAUUACCUACCGUAGAUUAAAAAUUUUGACAAUUAAAUGAAACAUACCAUCAUUUCUUGUCUUUAAUAUUACUAUCAGAACUAAAUGUAUAAAUAUUUUCUAUGUAUAUAUUGACCAAUGUUUGAAAUGAAAAUAAAAAUUUACACAAUUUUCGGCGUUCCCAAAAAAAAUAAAAAAAAACUGUUGGAAAACUAAAAUUUUCCUUCAUUUUGUUUUCAGCUACGAAAAACGGGAUAAUUCUUUUAUUAUUUAUGUUACUGAUUAUGUUUCGGAGUGAAUAAAUUAAUGGAAAGUAUAGACAAAUUCAGUGUGGCAUACGACCUUUUUGAACCGUUUGACAUUUACGCGCCAAUAAAUCCAAGAUGGCGUCGGCAUUUUCAAGUUUCGAAUGCUAGUUUUGUCUAUGUCACAUUGAAUGUGUCAAUACUAAAAAUAAAUAGGUUUUCUAGAUUAGUUAUGAACUAUUAUCAAAUUUUCGUUGUAAUUUAUAUUUCAAAUAAAUAUUUGUUGAAUACCCACAA